UCAAAUGUCUGUCAUUAUUUAGUGACGUCAGUCUCAAAGAUUUGUUAAAAACACACAUUUUAGAAGGAACAGACAAAAAAAUUAAAAACAAUGCAAAAAUCAGGACAUUCUGCAAACUUAUGGACAGUUCAGGGAUCAAAAUGUCAACCCAGGUCUUCUGGCAAAGGUUUAUAUGUGUUGCUCCUGCUACUUUAGGGUGGCGCUAGGACGCGGAAAUUUAAGCGUUUUCUUUGGAUGCCUCAAAUGCCGAACCUCUAUUGCACAAAGUUCGAGCACGCCCGCAGUCCAAACGUUGUACCGCAGUGCUUACAGAUACUACAGAGCAGCGGACGAUGUGCUAGAGUUGUCGUACGUUACUUUAGGUAUCCCACCGCACCAUGGAUUAUGUAUCAGUUUUCUCACAUUGGUUUGUAAUUUUAUCAGCACUGAUAAUAAUUAUUCUGGUACUAAAGAAGGCGCUUUAUAAAACGUCUUGGAAAAUUCAGGAUUGCCACGUGAGUUUAGCAGGCAGAACAGCAAUUGUCACAGGAGCCAACACAGGGCUUGGCAAACACAUAGCCAUGGAGUUUGCCAGUAGGAAAGCAAGAGUAAUUUUAGCAUGCCGGAGCAGGGAACGAGGACAGAAGGCCUUAGAGGAUAUUCGUAGCUUGACAGGAAAUGGAGAUGUGCACUUACGCAUUAUUGACACUAGUUCCAUGCAGUCAGUUCGCAGAUUCACGGAACAAUUCCUGAAGGAAGAACAACGCCUCGAUAUCUUGGUGAACAAUGCUGGUGUAUCAGGUCUUCCAAAGGGAACCACUGAUGAAGGAUUUGAAAUCACUUAUUCCACAAAUCAUCUGGGACCCUUCCUACUUACAAACCUUUUAUUGGAGCUGAUGAAAAAGACACCUUCUGCCAGGAUAAUAAAUGUAACUUCUGUCAUGCACAAGCAAGGAAAAUUCAACCUGAAACAUCUGAAAGGAGAAGACAUAAAUUGUACAGCUCAAAGUGAAUUUUAUGAUAACACCAAACUGCUUAAUGUUCUAUUCACCAUGGAGCUCGCAAGAAAGCUACAAGGAACAAAUGUUACAGUAAACUGUGCACAUCCUGGCAUAGUGAUGACUGAUGUUAUGAGAAACUACAACAUUGUGUUUCGGGUCAUCUUCCAACUUUUAGGAUUAUUUUUCUUCAAGACCCCCAAAGAAGGAGCUGUCAGCAUACUUUACUCAGCCAUGUCUGAAGAGAUGGAGGGCAUCAGUGGGAAGUACAUUGACAGCGACUGUACCUUGACUUUGCCAUCCACAUUAGCUCAAGAUGAAACAAUUCAAAAAAAACUUUGGGAUGCAUCUGAAGAAUUAACUGGAUUAAAAGAAAAGAAGGAGAAAUGAACUGCCAGACUCACCACUGCUCUGCACUCAGAUUAUCACAAGCUUUAUUCCAGUAUUAAAUUCACAUGCAAAUGACAUUUUGUGAGGAAAUAAACUGCUGAAGAAAAGUACAAAAGGAGAAUGCGGGCACCUCAGGAUGCAAAAGUUAAAAAGCACAUGCAGUUUUUCAGUGACAGUCAUUGCUUGUGUGAUACACGUAAAUAUUGCCAGCCCAGCUAUCUGGAAUUUUGUAAAUAAUUCUAUGUCAUUUGUGAAUAUACUGAUAUGAU